AAACAUGCCUUAUUAACUUAACAAUGUUGUCGUAGUUUCUUAUCCAAUUCACAAAAAAUCUUAAGUCUUACUAAAGGCCAUGGCUAAUUCUCCAUUCAUCUCUCUUCCAAGGUAUAUGGUUAUGAAAGUUUUUGUCUUAUUCUUUGGUGUUUUGUUGUUACAAAACGAAGGCUUCGCAGCUUCGCCGCCGUCAUCAGCAAAGAUCGCUUUUAUUCCAGUCCUACAAGACAGUCAGAGCUUGGAGGCGAUCAAGUCGGCUUUACGUCAAGUCAACAGCGACCCGUCUGUGUUGCCAGUCACAACAUUAUCAUUAUCAAGCUUGAACUACUCCAGCGAUCACGUAUUAGAGUAUGCUGCAAAUCUUACCACUGAAAACAAUCUGGCUUUGUUUCUGGAUGGAUACCCGUCUCCUUCCCAUGAGCUCUUGAGCGCCAUGCUCGAAAUUCCCUUGGUAACCACGCAUCCGAGACGAAGAACAGAUAUUAAGUCUAACGUGAUAUCAUUGGCUGCGAGGAAACCUGACGUCAACCAGGCCAUACAUGACGUCAUGAAGCAAUACCAGUGGACAUCUGUCUUGGUUUUGUUUGAUGUUCGCUGGCGUGACCAAGCGUCCCAAUUCCUGUCCAUCUUGUCACCCAGUGUAACUCGAGAAGCUGUUGAACUGAUUCUUGACCAGAAAGGGACACUACUUGAAGAGACGAAAAGGAAGUUGAAAGAACAGAACAACAAGCUAGUUGAAGCUAUCGUUCUUUUCUGUGAUGCUGAGUUUGUUACUGUCGUCAUCGAAGAGGUCCACUGUACGUGUUCGCGUGUGAUUGAACGUGCUCACAACUGGAUUCUAGCUGACAUGCUCCCCUCGUUUAACAUGGUGACCGAGUCAAGUCAAGUAGUCWUUGGAUUUACUCCUCACAUAGUUACCAAUGUGCAUUCACAACGACUCAUGUCAGACUUGGCAGCUGGAAUGAAUGACAUUAAGAAUCAUUCUUAUCUUUUAUAUGAUUCGGUGCUGACCUUCGCGCAUGCGCUGAACAAGAUCAUCGCAACUGGACAGUGGGUUUCGCAGACCAGCUCUAUAAACGUUGCGCAAUCCCAAAAUGGAAUGAAUAUUUUGAAGGAGAUGAAAAAGUCUAAUAUCAUCGGUACAACUGGAUCUAUUACGUUUAAUACAAGUGAAGGAACUCGACAAGGGAUGGGCAUGGACGUAAUGAAUCUAAGAAAUAACAAGUUCGUCAAGGUUGGUAAUUGGAGUUCAUCGGGACUUAUGAUAGCUGGCGAGGCAGAACAAAAUAAGAAAUCUGAUGAAGUUGUUCCACUACAAAAACUGAACAGGAAGCUAAUUGUGGUAAUUGCUAAGGAUCCCCCAUUUGCAUUUUCCGUCAAGGAUCCCAAAACAGGACAAGAAAAGUUCGAAGGUUACAGUAUUGACCUUGUUGAUGCUCUUGCCAAGCUGUUGUUUUUUAACUAUCAGAUCGUCGAGUCACCAGACGGCAAAUAUGGCGGGAAGCUACCUGAUGGCACUUUCAAUGGUAUUGUUGGAGAACUCACUAAACAAAAAGGUGACUUUUCCACGUCCCCCCUGACAAUCACCUCAGACAGACUACAGUACUUAACAUUCAGUAAGCCAUACAUGCAGUUCACUAUGGACUUGAUUUCGAAGAAGCCCAAGGAACAGGGAACAGAUGUUCUUGCCUUCAUGAUGCCUUACUCCAUCCCAGUAUGGUUGAUGGCCCUUGCUUGCCUCGCUUUCAUGACAAUAAUGCUGACAAUCAUCAACCAUUUCAGCCCUUUCAGUCACAAGCAUGGCGAUAAUGAUGGCACUGGAGACGAGUUUAAUAUUUUCAACAGCUUUUGGUUUUCCUUGGCAUCAAUGUUGUGUCAGGGGGGUGACAACACACCCAAAUCUCUCUCAGGCCGUGUUCUCGUCGGGUGUUACUGGUUCUGUGUUCUUAUCUGGGUCUCUACAUACACUGCUAACCUAGCUGCCUUUUUCUCGUAUCGUAAUACUGGUAGCACCAUCAAUACUCUUCAGGAAAUUCUUGAUAAAGACUACCAACUUCAUAUCUUGUCAGACACUGCUUUAGAAGAAACCUUCAAAAACUCUAAAUACAGCCUUUACCAAAAACUUUAUCAUCACAUGAUUGCAGAAAAGACUAUCGUCAGCACUUUUGACGAAGGAUUCGCGAAAGUCCGCGAGAAUGAGAAAUCAGUGUACAUGGACGAGCAUCCAUACUCCAGAUAUAUUGUUGAGCAGAAACCGUGUGAUUUAAUAUCAGUCAAGGGCUUCAUGGGCGUCAAGGGAUACGGUAUUGCCAUGUCCAAGAAUUUUGCCUACGCUAACAACUUCACCGUAGCUUUACUAAAGCUGCAAGAAACAGGAGUGUUGGAAGAAAUGACGAGAAAAUGGUGGGAUUAUCGAAGCCAGUGCCAUGACACCAGCUCAGGAGCAGCAACUACUGAACGUCUUGGUCUGGCCAACAUGGCGGGAGUGUACAUAGUCAUUGCAGCGGGGUGUAUUCUUGGUAUAUUUUCGAUGCUAUGUGAACUGAUAUGGAAAAACAAAGGAGAGACGAUCAAGAGAUUAUUCACCUGUUGCUUCUCCAAGAAACCGUCAACGCCAACAAAGGUUAAACCAUUUGAAGCUUUCAAGUAAACGAAUAAAGAGAUUAUAACUUCCAUGCAUGUAAAUGCUAAACAUAAAGGGAUAAUCCACUCACCUAACACAACUAAACUUUAUAAAUCUCGAAUUCUUAUUGGUUGGGAGCACGUAAAUUAUGAGAGUACACGACACGCGUGCGCACUUUCUAUUUCGGCUACUCUAGUUUGCGUUUUAUAAAAGAAAUGAAAAACGUGCUUGCUGUGCUGUGCAGUCAUAAUAGAAGCACUUGAGGAUUGGCAGAACUCUCGAGAAGUGUUGAGAAGCUGUCCUCUACGCGUCGUGCUUCUCCCUACACGUCUCCCGCUUUCUGCCAACCCCGCGUGCUUUAUGACUUGAAACAGUACGCGCGCGCGUUUUCUAUUUCUUCAUAACUGUCAUUAUUGUGUACACUCAGUUGCAAAAUCUGAGACCGAAAUGGGAAGUAUGUUAAAUAGAUGUAUCUAAUUAUACAACCCGUGGAAUGUUUAUAAAUUGUUGCACUGACAGAAAUCAUAGAACACAUUUUUCAUAUAGACUGUGUAUCUCAAAAAAAUAUAUAAGACGAAAAUUAUGUUUAUCCCGGGACCCAGUUGUUCAAAGCCCGAUUAGUGCUAAUUAUGGGUUAACUCUUAAUAAGACCUAUAGAGUUAAUCCUGGAUUAGCGCUAAUCCAGCUUUGAACAACCCGGCCCAUAAUAUAUUCUCAGUAGCAACCCGACAAUGACUUUGCAAUUGAGUGUAUAGCAAAUAAGACCACGUUUCCAUAACAUUAAUCAAGCAAAAGAAAAUCGUCUGUAGGUCUAAAAAUGUUCAAUUAAUUUUCGUUAAUUUGUUUAUGUUUGUAAGAACCUUAACAUACAGUCAAUUCAAAAAACGUUGUCGUCGACCGGCUCAAGCCUACGCGA